AUGGCGUCGUGUGCCUCCGGUGGUGAUCCAAUCCCUCUCACACUACAGGAUAUCUGCUUGGAUGGCUUCUACUGUCCGAAUAACACGGCCAAUCACCCCCCGCAACUAUGUCCUCCGACGCCGGAGUGUUUGUUAAACAAGCUACAGAUGGAACACAAUGUGUGCCCAUCAUCCCAGGGCAUUUACGAGCCGUCCGCCUGCCAGGCGGGCCACUAUUGCCCCCCCGGGGGUCGGGAGCAGAUCCGGUGUCCCGCCGGGCAUUACUGUCCGUUGGGCGCGAGAAGGCCGGUGCAGUGUCUCGCCCUGUCGUAUUGUCCCGAGGGCAGCGGUCGGGAGGUGCCGUUUCUCGGGAUCUUGUGCUGCGCUUUGAUCGACUUGGCGCUGGUUAUUCUCACCGUGUGGCCGCGUCUGAGAAAGCGGGUUUCGCGUCGGCCGUGGAGGGAAAAGUCGGAUGCACGGGUCGAGACCGGGCUGGAGAUGCAAUCUGCUGGCCUUCUGAGUGGAGCAUACCUUUGCGGUUUGGAGGGAGAUGGAACGGACUGUGAUGACGCUGAUGAUCAAUAUGACGAGAGGUCAAGCGCCGGGCUGCAGAUCGAGUUCAGAGACGUGAUCGUUCGCAAUCCACAGACGGGGGGCACCAUUCUGGACGGCGUCAGCGGUGUUGCGGCGCAGGCCUCCCUCCUUGGGGUCCUAGGUCCCUCAGGAUCGGGGAAGACUACCUUGGUCCAUGUGCUGACCGGCCGCGUCAAGGCGACGUCGGCAUCAGUGCUCUGGGAUGGGGUCGAGCAAGACCUGACCCAGCCCCGGGCCACUCGCGGUCUCGUCAAGUUUGUGGCCCAAGAUGAUGUGGUCCACCCGAACCUCACUGUCUGGGAGAAUGUCCUUCACUCGGCCCGGAUUCACCUGGGAGGAUCCCGGACGAACCGGGAGAUCGCCCGCCACACGCAGCGGGUCAUCGACCGCCUGCAACUGACGGGGGUUCGGAAUAGCAUCGUCGGGGAUGGCCACCGGCGGGGCGUCUCGGGAGGCGAACGCAAACGGGUCAGUAUCGCACUGGAACUGGCGGCCUUGUCGAUCAUCCAGCUCCUGAAGCGGCUGACCACCAAGGGCAUCACGGUAAUCUGUGUCAUCCAUCAGCCGCGCGUUGAGAUCUUCGAGUCUCUCGAUGCGAUCCUCGUCUUGCAGUCGGGCCGCUCCCUGUACUCCGGUCCCGCGCAGGGAAUCCAACCCCAUUUCGAACACCUGGGCUACGAGUUCGACCCCCGACACAAUCCAGCGGAUGUCAUCUUGGACAUCGCCGCCGGCCAGCUCCAGCCCCAGAUCGCUCGACCCGCGAAGUCUGCGACGGGCGGCGACCUGCCGAAAGUCGCCCAAGGGCCCCAGCGGCUGGGCCCGGGUCGCAUGGCGCCCUGGCAUCGACAGGUCGUCUUCUGUUUCCAGCGGGAUGUGAAGCAGCAGGCCCGACGACUCGAUCUCUUCUGGACAGAAAUCGCCGCGGGCGCGGUGACCGGAUUGCUGUUAGGGCUCGCGGCGUCCGAGGUUCGCGGCCAGCUCUUCCAGGGGAUGUAUCACCCCCCGUUUCAUUUCCUUUCGAGCGCGGUGAAUUACUUCUCCAUGCCCAAUGUAGCCAUGUUCAGCUGCUUCUGCAUCGCAUUUUCCAGCGCCGCACCGAGUGUGGCGGUCUUCGGGGAAGAAGCUAUCCUCGCGAACCGAGAAUCGAAGGCGGGGCACUCCGAGAGUGCGUAUUUUAUGGCCAAGGUUCUAUCGAGCCUGCUCCGGAUGGCACUGUGCGCUCUUCACCAUACCUCGGCUUACGUGGUGCUGGGCACACCGGCGGUUCCCUUUGGCGUCCUGCUUGGUCUUAACUAUGUCUUCUUCUACUGUAUCUAUGGCAUCGGAGCCUUGAUCGUCUCCCUGACGAGCCGUGAAGCCGCCCCCCUGGUUUGUUUGAUGAGCACACUCAUUGUCUCCGUCUUAUCCGGCUGCCAGCCCCGUCUGGCCUCGGCAAGACGCUGGCAUCUGACCUGGUUGUGGUACAUGCUACCAGGGACGUGGUAUGCAGAGGCCUAUAUCAGCGUGCACAUCACCCCGCUGGCCUAUCUGUACGACACCCAGGCGGCAGCGCAGUACAUGGGGUACACGUUCGGUCGACUGGGGCUCGAUGUGGGAGUUGCGUUAUUGAUCGGAACGGCAUAUCGGAUGCUAGGCUGCCUGUUGAUAACCCUCCGGGCUCGAACCGGAUGGUGGUAG